AUGUCUAAAUUCUUCUACUACUUCGCCUAUGGUAGUAAUUUGCUGAAGGAACGGAUUACAGUGCAGAUCAAAGGUGCCGAGUACGACUGCAACGGAGUGCUGAAGAAUUAUAAGUUGGAUUUCGUCGCAAGCUCAAAACGGUGGCAUGGUGGUCUCGCAACGAUAAAAGAAAAACGCGGAGCUGAAGUUCAAGGUUGUGUAUGGCGAGUUCCCGAGGAGUUCGCAGAGGAGCUGGAUCGACAAGAAGCCGGAUAUCAUAGGUUGAGCGUACCAAUCGAAUGCGCUGACUGUAUUGUCGAAUGCCGAACUUAUCAAUAUUCCGACGAAAAAGCAUCCUCCGAACCACCCUCACCUCAUUACAAGACAGUGAUCAUCGCCGGAGCAGUUGAGAACUCACUACCAGCAGCCUAUAUCAAGACACUAGGAGCUAUUCCUGACAACGGGUACAAGGGGCGUGUAGAGGUUGACAUUGAUGUGAUCAGACACUUGAAUCGAGCAUAA